CAGUCUUCAGAGUUGAGAUAUACACAAAACACCCAACUCGAGCAACUCCAUGCUAGAUAUACGGGCACAGGGCAUGCAGAUACCACAAAAUAUGAAUGGCUCACCCAUCAACACCGUGACACCCUGUCUUCUAUCGUUGGUCAUCCAUCUUUACUAGCUUACGUGGCCAUAGCCGACGGAGAAUGUCAAGCGAGGGAAAGGUUUGAAUUGAUAGAGAGGAUGUUACAACCCUGCGGCAAACCCCCAGGGAAGACAGACGAGUAG